CCGGUCGACCCGUGAUCCGAAAGGCCAAAGAGGCAGACUCUCUUACAGAGUUCAGACAAGAAACAAAGCCGAAGAAGCAUCGAUGGAGAUAGCCGCCACGCGCACCCUCACUCUUUCCCCGCCGCAAUCACGUCAGUUCUCACAUACCUUCUUCUCCAAAAACCUCGGAUCGUUACCUUCUCUUCGUUUCAACCUCUCCGGUAGAAGAAACUUCUCCUUCAAAAGCACUAACCUUCGCGUCUCAGCGACCUCCAUGAGCGCCUUCGCCGCCCAGAAACUCUCGCCCGAAACCUUCCUCGACAAAAAGGAAAGCGGGAUCCUCCACUUCGUCAAGUACCACGGCCUUGGAAACGAUUUCAUUCUGGUAGACAACAGGGACUCCUCAGAGCCUAAGAUUGCUCAGGAGCAAGCUGUGAAGCUCUGUGAUCGAAACUUCGGCGUUGGUGCUGAUGGAGUCAUCUUUGCGAUGCCUGGCGUUAAUGGCACUGAUUACACUAUGAGGAUAUUCAACUCAGAUGGUAGUGAACCUGAGAUGUGUGGAAAUGGAGUUAGAUGCUUUGCAAGAUUCAUUGCUGAGAUUGAGAAUCUACAAGGAAAGCACAGUUUUACAAUACAUACUGGUGCUGGCCUGAUUAUUCCAGAGAUUCAAGAUGAUGGGCAGGUUAAGGUUGAUAUGGGGGAACCGAUACUUAGAGCAGAGGAUGUGCCUACGAGGUUGCAAGGGAACAAAGGUGAGUCUGUUGUUGCGGCGGAGCUGGUAGUUGAUGGAGUGAGCUGGAAUGUGACGUGUGUAAGCAUGGGGAACCCUCACUGUAUCACUUUUGGCACUAAGGACGGACAGGAUCUGAGAGUUGAUGAGCUGAAGUUGUCAGAGAUUGGUCCUAAGUUCGAGCACCAUGAGAUGUUCCCUGCUAGAACCAACACAGAGUUCGUGGAGGUAUUGUCACGUUCACAUUUAAAAAUGCGUGUCUGGGAGCGUGGGGCAGGAGCAACUUUGGCUUGUGGAACAGGAGCUUGUGCUCUGGUUGUUGCAGCAGUCCUUGAAGGUCGAACAGACAGGAAAUGCACGGUGGAUCUACCUGGUGGACCGUUGGAGAUAGAGUGGAAAGAGGAAGACAACCAUAUUUACAUGACCGGUCCUGCUGAUUUGGUGUUCUACGGUUCAGCUCUUCUUUAAUGGAAGAGGUAGCUACUGUGUUGUUGUGAUCUUGAGUCUUAAUAUGCCCAUCUUGGUCUCUGUUGUCUUCUGCAUGGAUGACAUGAAACAUUUGAUGCACUUCUCUUAUUGUUUCUGCUAAUUGUGUUUUCCUUUUGCUAAAACAGAUUACUCUAUAUGGUUUGGUAUAAACACACCACAAAGAUUAUUUUGUGUA